GUACGAACCACCACGCCUCUUGCGUGCUUGCGCGCGUGCAUCAGCGCUGACGUCUGCGAGCGCAGCCCUUUCUGCCUUUAUUCCGCCUCGUGCCAAUUUGUGAGUGGCGGUGCACCACUGACAGCCGAAAGGUGACGUCCUUCCGCGUCGUAGUUCGUGAAGUUGUCGGCGCUUUUAUUGACACCGGAUUCCGUCGAGUCGAUUUUUGACAUCCCCGAAACUAAGUCGCCUUUCGAGUUUCGCGUGGCUGCCGGUGUAUCCCUCGCCGACACAGCUGACGUUCAGCCUGUCCGGGUCGUCGUGCUUCGAACGCGACCGCAAGUUCUUGCGAGCGCUCUUUACCGCCCUUUUCCACUACUCAGAAGGGACAGUCCAGGAAACCGAAAGAGCCGUCGUCUUCGCCACGUGCUAGCUUCCACAUUUCCAGUGCCUCUUCUGAGACGUGUGCGCGCAUCCGGUUUCGGAUUUCCCACGAUCGCUGGCCACCAGAAGGUUCUCCUUGCAAGUUUGGAUGAUCGAGUGCUUGGUGUCGUCCUUACUCUUCACGGUGCUUCCUCUGCGGCCGACUUGUGCUUGGCCUAGGCAAAGCUCUUCUGUGUGGUGGCGGACGGGCCAUCGAGUGAUCGUACCUACCUCUGUGCUUGUCUGCGCCUCUGUUUAGCGCCUCACCGGAGGCGCUGGAUUUUGACGCGUCCCCCGAACAUCGUCUGCACACAAUCGCACGUUUCGCGACCAAACCGCUCCGUGCCUGAGGUAUCUCGUCCAUUAAUUUUGUGCGCCGGCAUCGAGCGGAAGAGGUGGCCAUGGGUGCCUACUACGCGACGCCCGAGCUGACUCCUGAGCACGAGUUCGCCCCCGAGGUCGUAGGGGUCGAGCACCAGGACGGCACGCGUGUCGAAAUCGAUUCAGGGCCCAGCGCGGCAAGGCUGGACCUUCGGCAGAAGCGCGGAGCCAACAUGGCCGACCAGGACGACCAGCAGUUGAUCGGCUUCGACGACAGCCCCGUGGUGCUGCCAACCGAGCCGAAGAAGGGCGCCGCGCCGAGUGAGGCCGAACGCAUCCUCAAUUCUCUUAACGCCGAGAAGAGCCAACUGGCGGCAGCCACCAAUGGCCACAAUGGUACCGACGAGACGGCCACCACCAACGGACACCACCACGACGAACCGGAGAAGGCAGUCAAUGGCCACGUGGCCAAGACUGAACACAACGAGGCCGGUGAGCCGGUCUACACCGAAGUUCCCGAGGAUAACAUCUACGAGGAAGUGAUACCUGUGCAAGAGAACAAGCCGGAGGUGGUGCUCUCGCCAACUGUCCAGACUACCACGACGGAGAACGGCGUCACGGGCGUGCUUUACGAUGACUCUUCGCUGUCUAGCGAAGUGUCCGCUGAGCUGUCUCCACCUCCGUCCAAUGUCGGCGAUUGCGGCUCCAACGGCACGACGUUGUCUGACCCUGAAUGCGACGCUGCCAUGGCCGAGGCCUCGGCACCGGAGUCUCAUGCCGACAUCCCUUUCGUCGUCGUCCAGGAGUCUACGCCUGUCGACUCGGAGCAGUCCAACGAUGAACAAGCCGAAGACAGCGCGUCGGAACACGCCGCCGAGGAAGGCUGUAAAGCUGACACAACAGCCAUGGUUGAGGCAGCGAGCGCCGAGGCGGUGGCUGUAGUCGAACCGCUGGUCAAGCCAGUAGUCCUGCCCGUCGAAAAAACUACCGCACCGACUUCGGAUGAGCAGUCCUCCGAUGAACAUCGCUGCAGUGCUCAGCCGGCAGUGUUGGCGGCUAGUGUGGGACCCUGUGCCCUGCUUGAUCACAUCGAGUCUGAGUUCACGAGAGUCGACAACGUUCAGUUUGUGGAACCCGAGGACGCGGCACGUUGCUCUGUUGUCUCCGUGACUGAGAUGGCACCGGAACAGGAGACCGCCGUCGAAGAGUGUCGCGGCAACACCGAAGCGGUGCAUACCGAGGACAUUGUUUCCGGCAUUGAAGAACGGACGCUGUCCACACAGGAGCAAGCCUUUCCGGUUGAGCAUGGACUGCAGCAUGAGGCUGAGGAGCUGCAGUGUCAAAAUCUUGCUCAUGAGGUGGUGCUUGCUGGCUGUGAGGCAGCGCAGAGUGGCGAGCGUCCCGCUGUGCGGCACGAGUCGCGGCACUUGAAGCCGAGUGCGGCAGACAGCAUCGUGGCCCGCGAGAUCCGCGCCCAGAAGGAGCGCGAGGAGAUGAUCGCCCGUGAGCGGAAGCUCGCCCAGGAAGCAGCCAAGCUUAGCUCGACGCCGCUUGAAAAGCCGCCCUGCGACAGGACGCCGACGCCGGAGACGCCCAAGCCUGCGCGACUCACUGCGCCUCAGCUGUCCACGGCAUCGGCGACCUCACCUCCCAGCGUGGUCUCCAGCCCCGCGCCAUUCCCGGCUCCAAUCGAGAAGCGGUUCACGUGCCCGUCUGACUCGAAGAUCGCUGAUGAGAUUCGGGAACUCCAGGAGCGGGAGGAGGAGCUGCGGGAGCUGCGAGAGCGCCUGCACAUUCAGAGCAAUGACCAUAGGUGCAGUGCGGGUCUCCCCAUCAGCAACGAUGAUGGCGUCGCUGCCAAUGGCGUGGCCAGUCCAAUUGCAUCCUUAACGUCCAGCAGCGGACUGUCUAGGACCGUGAGCGUCGAGUCGCUUCCUCCAAAUGGCUCGGUUCACACUCCCUUCGGACCACGCAGGAAGGACAAGAUAACGGUGCGGCCACUCUCCGACGGCACCGAAGAUAGCGUGCCAUCCCCGACUUUCGUGUCGCAUGGUGGCGAGUCUCCGAUCGAACGUGAGAUCCGGCUAGCCCGAGACCGGGAAGAGGCAUUGAGGAAGGAGAAGGGGCUGCUGGGACAGCUGCAGGCAGAAGGAUUUGUGAAGAAGGGCGAAGUAGCGUCAUCUGCUUCGGCCAAGUGUGCAAAGGUCCCUGCUACCGUGGUGCUGCGCGGAAGCACGCAGAAGAUCCUGGCGACAUCUCGGAUCCAGCAGGAGAUAGAAGAACAGACACAGCGUGAGAUGGCUCUUCGAGAGUCCGGGCACAUCCAGACCAUCUCCCAGGAGAGGACAGACUCCAAAGUGACCAGGAUAGGAAACGAGGCAGGCACUGUCGCGUCUCCUUCACCGCCACUCGCUUCUACUACGAGGAGAGUGCCACCUUUCGAGUCGUCUCUUCCCAACGUCGAGAUUUUCGAGAAGACUCCCGCCAUUGUCACUCCUGCCCGAAUCUGUUCACCGACGGCGGCCCCCUGCGGCGUCGCCUCGGCUGUUGCAAAGGCUACGAACGGUCACGUGCACGCCAACGGUCACGCUACAGGAGCGAAGGUGUCACCCGUGGCCAAUGUCCGCGGGGUGAGCAUGCAGAAAUUCCUCGCCAGUCGUGGCAAGGAGCUGGCCUUCACGAGUCCGCCGCCACCUCAGAACGGCGACAAGUUAGAGUACCGUGAGCUGAAACCUCCGCAGCUGCAGAAGGGGGCCGCCGACGCCGUCCGCAAGGGCCUGGUCACUGCUGAGACCAAGAUCCAGGAGGAGAUGCGCGCCAUGAAGGAGCGCGAGGAGGAGCUGAGGCGUCAACGUCUUCGACUGCUCGGCCAGUCCCAGCCCAACCUGAGCCUGUUUGAGGGAAGCACAGUAGGGGACGCAGACCACGCCACUGACGCCACAGAUGGACCCACCUUGCAACGUGUUGGCAGUGAUGCGAGCCUUCAGGAACAGACCACUGUCAAUGGCUCGUCAGAGGCUGCCAAUCAGACGUGCAACACUUCCAGUGUUCCACGGCGCCGCAGUGCCCUCAUCGCACAAUGGGAGCAAAGGAUCCAGAGCACUGAUGUCGCCAAGUCGUAAAGAGAGAGAGAGAGAAAAAAAAGAAUCGUGAUUUACUUGAAUAUGCAUAUAUAUGUAUAAAUGCUGAUAAUCUAUUUCUGUGCGCCCAGUACAGGUACUUUAGUUCAUUUUGCAUUCCCCCUAGUGAAGUCUUUUUGAAUGGGUGUCUUCGAGACGAUGAUGCACCAGUGUUCCAAGUGACAUUUCUAGACCAUGAGCUGGUCGCCGGAGCAUAAUCUCGCUGGCGUUGAUCAUCUCAAAGAGCAGCUUAUUCAAGGAGUGGAAGGAAUAGUGCUAGUAGAUAUGGAAUGCCAUUGUGAUCUGUAAGAAUGUACUGUUGGGGUAGUUGGUUUGACAUUGUGCUAUUUUCCAUUGCAAGGACGAAACACUAGACAAGAGAAGACAGAAGGGGUUGCAUUUGUUUUCCCUUCACAAAAGGGACUUGGAUUUCUUUCUUGAGCGCGUGUAAUGUAUGCUGUUAGGCUCGACGCAAAUAGGGGUCCUUUCGUAUGUCCUCCUUUCCCUCUGUGAUUACGACUUUGAUAUUCUGCAGAAUCCAAUACUAAACAUGAUUUGAUAGUCAGCAUGCUCUCUUGCCUGUUCUAUUUCGUCUAUGCAAGGAAAAAUAGCACCAUUGUGAUUCCUGUGUGUUUUUGUUUGUUGUGCUUGGAUACCACAUUGCUGCGCACUUGGCAUCUGGUCUGUGCGGCUGCUGAAAACCGGAUGCACAACAACCAUGAGGUAUUUGUUAAGAUGACCACGACAUACUUUCACAUUACUAUAAACGUCAGUGGAUGUAGUUUCGCAUGCUGUUGGGUAUACUGUAUACAGUCUUCUGUGCUCAAGAAAGAGCCAGAAUAACAUACAGAGCCUGUUGUUUGUAACAUAAUAUGCAUUUAUACCUGUGUAGGCUGGUAUAAACUUGAAGUGCAUUAAUAAGACAGGAGUAGGAAAACUCUUGCUAGUUGUUCACCACACUAGAGGCAGAUGCGACUUCAAGAAAUUGUCUGUACAGUCAACCACACCUUGAGCAAUAGUGAAGUUGUACGAAACAACAGCAAUUCAUGUGCCCAACAACCCAAUUAUAAUGUGCCUUUAAAUGUAAUGCACACCAUGUGUUUUUAUAGGUUCAAAGUAAAAAAAUAAUGGGCACCAAAGGCAUGCACACUCGAUUUAUAUACCAAGAAAAAUGUAGCACGCCUCCAAUCUUUGCAAAAAGAUGGAAUUACUUUCACAGAAUGAAACUGUAUUCACGCUUAAUGUACAUCGUCAUCACGUUAAUGAACCACAACACAUUGUUGACCGUGCCGUCAAUGGCAUUUGGUAUUCCACAUUUCUUGAAUGAAUCCUGAACCAUCACGAAUGAGAUUGUGGCCCAUGCUCUUACAGAUGGCUUUGCCAGUUCGUCCGACGACGUAGGCAAGUCUUCAGUAUGCCCCCCCCCCCCCCUCUAAAAAAAAAAAAUGUGAUGCAGCUCUAGUGCCUCCAGCUUAGCAUUAAAGUAACUUCUUUCUUUAAUGAGCCUUCGUAAAGAAAGUUGUAUAUUGUCACUGCCAAGCCAACCUUCAAGGAAGCGAGUUUUGUCGCCAUAAUGAUGGCACUGAUGAUGACGUUUGCACUGACAGUAGGCUCCUGGAAAAGCUGUGAACGUGGUUUCAUAUCCAAUUCCAAAGCACAAGCAUUUUUCAGACCUAUUUUGUGGAAAAAGGUGCACCUUAGGAUCGUGUAAAUAGGGUAUCUACCAUGACGUACUGCAGUACGGCGGCUACUGUGGAUAUUUCACAGAACACUUUGUACUGUGUUUUCAAAUGAUAACACAGUCUUGACUAGGUCAUGAUGAAAACUUGUAUGAAGCCAGUGGGUUUGUGACAAAUACCAAGAGAUGUCCUGUAUGCCUAACCAAUUUAUAAGAAAGAUGCCUAGAAUACCUACAAUAUAUUUAUCUAGCAGUCAUUCUCUGUAGGAUAUACUGCCGUGAGUGAACGUUGCUGCUAUGCUCCACAACAUGCAGUGUUGAUGAAAGCUGCCUUUUGCAUUUCAAGCCAGCCUGGUGAUGUGAAUUUGGUACAGUUGCCUUCUCGGCAGUGUGCUCGCUUUGUAAUUUCCUGUCCGUGUUGAGAAUACUACUAUGACUGUUUUGAUAGAGCCAGUCGAGGAUGAGCCUGGAAUUUGAAGCUCUCACCUUCUUUUCUUUCAUCUUUUUUUUUUUGGGGGGGGGGGGGGGGGGGGGGAUUAUUGUGUAAGCGUGCCUGGCGCUGACACACUCCGCGCUGAAUGUGUACCACACUGCACUCUAGGCAUGUUUAUGCAGGCUUGUCCAUGCUUUUUUUUAUGCUCUCAAGGUAAUGGUAGAAGGUUGCUAGAAUAACUAAAGCAUAUCAUUACUCAGAGUAUUCUUGAGUAUACUGGGACAGCCACGCUAACAGAAGAGCAUAUUUAGAAAGUCUGCCUAAUGUCCGUUUCAUAAUUGUGGUGGCAAUGAGUGAGAGCAAGGAAUUCGCAUUGGCCAGCCAAAGAAAGGACUUUCACGAGAACAUAUGCAGCCAUCUGACUGUUUCUGGAAGCAAGUUGUGUGAUAUCAGUGGAGUUUUAACAUGCAUAUGACAAAUCUGCACAGUGUGUUUCACGUAUAUGAACAAAAAACGGUUCAUUGCAUGAAAAGUGAACUUAUGAUAAAAAAAAAAGCUCUCCUAAGUCUGGUGAUUAUUUUCUCUUGCUGGUGGGAGCAUGAUCGAACAAGACUGGGUCUUCGGGAACCUUGAGUGCACAAUGCACAUGACACAGCUACAGAGAAAUGCCUUGCUCUAGCACAGAAAUGGAAAAGAACCUGGAAGGUGGCCGCAGUGUGCCUGCAGGAAUUUUAAUGCAAUUUGAUGUAUGAAGGUAGUUUCCUUGCAGGUACACUUGCCCUGAGGCAUCUGUGGUGGCAUGCUAAGUAUGCUGCCACACUCGGCAACAAUUUAUCAACAUUGUCUGCAUCAUCAUCAUGUCAGUGACUCUGUCACACGAAAGCAGCAGCAAUUGUUAGAAUACAGUAUAUGAUGAGAAUGUGUAUCCUAACACUUUUUUUGCUUCAGCGUAACAGGGUUGCCAAUGACACUCUAUACAGAUAGUACUGGCCUACUUGCUUACAUUUUGACAGUGUCCUAGUGGCUAUGCAAUUAGAGUUACGGGCACUGGGGUAUAGGAGCUCUCCUAGACUACAGUCUGAUUUAAAAAAAACUGCAGUACUGCAGCAUUCAGAGGUGUCGCACCACUGGAGAUGGCUUGUCUUCAGGAAUGAUUUGCCCGCAGAUGGACAUAUGCAUCCAGCAUUACCGCUGUUUUCGCUGAUAUCAAAGUCCUACGCACCACAGAUUGCGAAGAGUGCACAACCUUCGGUCAUGAAACUUUUCUGCCUGGAGGUGCCAGUUUCAGCACAGAGGGGUGAAAUACUGACGAAGUCCUUGUGAAGUGCAAGUGCUUUCUUAUUUCGUACAGGAUUCGUGGCAUCGUAUUCCUGUGGCAUAGCCUCUGAGGGUAGCGACAGGGUGUAUAACUAAUGGUCAUGACGAACGAGGCCUUCAUAAAGAGCCUCCUGUGAUGCUGUGACUAGCCUUUUGCUUAUUCUGCUGCAUGAAGUUGAAUUGCAUCAAGCAGGACAUGGUGCUUCUGUAGUUAAGCAAUAGUAGGAAGCCGCUAAGUUGCACUGUACUGAAAUAAGCCAUUUUUCUGUCACCAAGUGUACGUCAUUCGCCGCGCCUGCUGUGUGCCAAGCACUUAUUAGAACACCAAGUCGUCCAUUUUAUCUGCCGUUAUUCGGACUGUUCCUGGUGCAUACAUUCAGCAAGUGCAGAGCCAAGGUUGAUGCAUCGUCUCAGUUGUGAAUGUGUUGCUAACAGCUCUACUGAAAACUUCUCUCAACUCGACUAAGACAGUGGAAGUGGCCAAUUGAAGCACAGUCCUUUUUUUCCUUUUGUGUGUUUAGCUAGUUAUGAAUGAUCAGCGUUUUUAAUUUGUAGUCCUAAAUGCCUUUGAGAUUGUGUCAUACAGUUGCAGCUUUACUUAAGUCUCCCUCUUCGCACGCAGCUCCCGUUGCAGUGUUCCUUUGUUGUUGUUACCGACUAGUGUGAUUAAUUACAGUCUAGCUUCUGGCUUCUUCCUGGUGCUUUGUGUGCGACUGGAUUUGUUUUGUACUUAUUCAAAGGUGCCACGUUUGUCACUUUGUCAGAGAGAGUGGUAGCUAAGGAGACUGUUUCUGUUUUUUUAACUUUUGCUUAUGUACAAGGGCGCUUUACUAACCGCGUGCCGCAAGUUUUAGUGAGUCAUGUAUUUUUAUAAACUUAAUAAAGGACUACACAAUGGA